AUGAUAAGACAAUAAUCAAUAAUAUCAGGAGAAUACUUAGUUUUUGAUACUUAUGAUCUAAUUAAAAAGGGAUAAUAUAGACAAUGCAUAUAGAAGAUUAACAGAUUAGUCUUUGAUCCUUAAUUGGCUAAAGGUUAGCCAUAAUUUUUAUAAUUACAAAUUUAACUAUGUAGAAGACUAUUAUUUUGUUGCAAUAAAAUACUAAAGAAGUAUGAUUAUACUAUAACAUUUUUAGAUACUUCUAAAAGUUUUCAGAAAAGUCUCACAAAGUUUAAUCGUUACUUAAUCGCACCAUUGAAUUAAGUCUCUUUUACAUUGAUUUCUUAGAGAUCUAUGCAAAAGAGAAUAAUCAAACAGAUGCUUCACCAGCUGCAUCUCCAUCUCCAACAAUCAAAAAAAAAUAACUUUUUAAAGAACUCUAUUCAGAAUAGAUAAGUCUGGCUCAUAAAAUGGAAAUGUUCUUUUCUCAAGACAUAGUGAGUAAUUAUGUUCCAAAAUCCAAUAUUUGGUUUCAUUCCCAAAGUCAAAAUUGCUAUUUUUUAUUAAUGGAAACCCUCUUCAACACUUAUCGCUUUCACAAAUAUAAUCGAACACCUUAUGCAACAAUAUUCCUUAAUCUUAUUACCUAGAUUGUAGAAAAUGUAACAAUAGCCAAUACCAAAUAAUCUCUAUUUAAAGGAGAAUUACAAACAUUGAUAGGAAAUGCAUACUUUGAGUUGUGUAUAUAUAUUCCAUUUUAAUUAAGAUGAAUAUAAUAAGGCUGAUUAGCAUUAUAUCUAAUCAAUUGAAUAAGCUAUGGAGGCUGUUAGAAUAAUUUUGGGUGAAAUUGAAAAAAUGAAAAGCAAUAUAGAUCUUAAUGUGGUUAAGGUGCAAUUAGCCAAAUUAAUCAGUUAGAUUUUAGUUAAUUUUGAAUUAUAAUCUUUGGUUAAUCAACAAAUGGAAAAGUAGUAAAUGACUUUUAAUAUAGUUAUGAUCGUUGCUUAGAAAUUGUUUAAAUUGGUGUGUAUUUCAAUAGAAUUUUAGAAAAUUUCAAAAUUUGUAAGGAAGUAUCAUUACAAUUUGAGACAAGGAGUACAGAAAUAAAAGAAAAUUAUAAGGAUCAUGUUGAUGAAAUAAAUGAAAUAAGUAGAUUACUUUCUCAUGUAUUCUAAAUUUCAUUAAAAGACCAUUUAAAAAAUAGCAAAUCUGCUUUUGAUUUGUAAUAAUUAAGUUAAGUUGAGUAAUAUGAACAAAAAAUCUUUGAAAAGUAUUAAUAUGCAAAAAAUAAUUAAACCUUUUUUAUCAAAAGUAGAGAAGUGCCUAAAUAAUUAAUUUUAGACAAUAUAUUACAAUAGUAAUAGUAAUCUCAAUAUUUUGUUAAAAAUCAAUCAAUAAAAAUAUUCAAACUUAAACAUAAUAAUUCAUAACAUUCAAUUGAAUAACCUUCAACCAAUUAUAAUGAUAGUCAAUUGUAAUUGUCAAAUAAUAAGAAUGAUUAAAGUCAUCUAACUUAAAUUGAUACAUCACAUAAUUCAUCAAUAAAAACUCAAUUAAAUAAAACUUUAAAAGUCAAUUCAAAUCAUAGAUAGAGUUUCUUAAGUGAAUUAAUACAUUUAAGAAAUUAAGGAUCUAAAUCAGAUGAAAAAGAAAAAAACAUUGAAAGCGAAGUUGAAAAGAAUUUUAGAUAAUAGAAAGAAUUACUUUUUAAAAUUAGCAAUAAAAGUUACUAUAUAUUUAAUAUAUUUUUUAGAUGCAUAUUAGCCAUUAGAUUAAGUUGUUAAAUCAUAUAUCAAUUAAAAUCUUGUUAGCUAUUAAAAAUGUUAAUCAUUAGAUGAAGUGAAGUAGAAUGCCAGAUAAAUCUGUUAAGCUGAAGCUGAAGUACACAAAGAAGUACCAAUAACAAAAAGUUUAUUGUAAGCUAGAAAAAUGACUUGUCCAUAAGGUGUUAUGGUUAAAGAUAAAUAGGCAGAACAUGAAUUCAAUAAAUUACUUGAAUUUAAUGUUAUAGAAUAUUUUGAUUUUGUUUAAACAAAUAAAGAUUUGGCAGUUACAAAUUUAAAGGCUUAAUAAGAAAAUAAAUAAGUUCGAAUAGCAUAAUAGAAUUUGUUCUCUGAUAAUUUCAUUCCUAAGAAAAAAUUAAAUUUUAUUGAUUAAGAAGAAAUUAAAUAAAUUGAAUAAGCACAAUAGAUAGCAGAAUAAGCAGAGAAUCUAUUAAAGAAAACAUAUGAUAAAAGAAAAUCAACUUAAAAAUAAUCUAGAAUAGCACUUUUAAAUUUUAUGCAAGAUAAAACACAUAAAUCCUAGAAACAAGAUACUAUAGUACCAAUGUCUUAUGAUUAAUCAUUAGACUAAGCACGUAAUUCAAUUAAAAAUGUUUUAUCAUUAAAUGAGAAACAAAAAUAACGAUUUGAAGAAGAAGAUUAAGAAUUAAGAGAAGUAAAUUUAUAAAUUAAUUAUUAGACUGAAUUACCUUACAAAUUUAAGAGAUCUUUAUCUGGUAGCUCAAAAAAGAAAUCAUAAUCUAAGAGUAUUUUAAUAAAAAAAGAAUUUGGACAUUUAUGUUCAUCAACAAAAAAUAUUAGAGAAAAAGAUUUUGGAUCUUCAAAUAAUACUGAAACAAAGAUAAGAGGAAUCUCUUUAGAUAGAAUUAAAUGA